AUGCUAGGUAGCAAGCGAAUGGGGCUGUGUGGACUGACCCUCGCUCUGUCCCUGCUCGUGUGUCUGGGCGUGCUGGCUGAGGGAUACCCCUCCAAGCCUGACAAUCCCGGCGAGGAUGCACCAGCGGAGGACAUGGCCAGAUACUACUCGGCUCUACGACACUACAUCAAUCUGAUCACCAGGCAGAGAUAUGGCAAGAGAUCUAGCCCUGAGACACUGAUUUCAGACCUCUUAAUGAAAGAAAGCACAGAAAAUGUCCCCAGAACAAGGCUUGAAGACCCUUCCAUGUGGUGA